AUGUGGUUCAAACAAGCCAUCGUGAACGAUUUGUCGCCGACAGUCUUCAUAUCCAAAGGGUUCAUGAAACUUGCGAAGAAGGAGGUAGAGAUGGUAAACGCAACUGACUUUGGUGCAAACCUGGCAUUGCAAAAGAGCUUCUCGCUUCCCGCUCCCAAAUUGACUAACCAUGUAGUUCGCUCGAGGAUACUGUGA